ACCUAGCUGAGGUGAGGCUAGUGGGACUGGGAGCCAGAGGCCUGGGUCUGAUUCCCACACAUGCUCUGCAGAUAGUGUCUCCGGGGUCUCCUGUUCCUUCCUGGGCCUCGGUUUCCCCAUAUAUAAAUCAUGUACAGCCAACCACUGAGGAACUUUAUAACUGGAUGGAGCGAAAGCGUAAAGAGGCUAUGCCCCUGAUCAGAGAGAGGUGGGGUGGGGGUGCGACUGGGUUAGAGAGGGGACGUUUCCUGCUGGGUCCCUGUCAUGUUAAGGUUCAUUCAGCACCUCCUCCUCCGCCCCGCCUGCAAACAUACACACUUAAGUGUACUCACACCUAGCCUCACCCCUACCCUCACACUCUCCUUGUCACCUCCAAGAUGAAGCCCAAAGCUCCCUCACCUAUGGGGCACCAGACUAGACACCCCGGCCUCAACUGGUCUUUCCUCCAGACAGUGUGACUCACUUUCCUAGCGAGGGGUCUGAGACCCUUUUGGGGCCACAGACCUGGAAGGGCUCAAAUAGUGUCUGCCAGCCAGGUAGGUAAGAGUCAUCCCCAGGGGCCCCAGCCUCAGAGGAGGCUGAGGACCAGGUCCCCAAACCCAGAGCCACUUCCCUCCACUAGUUUAUCCUUUUUAGGGAGGACUAAAAUAUUUGAAAAGCUCUGAUCUAUUCGGACCCCCAUUCCAUAGAGGAGGUGACUCAGGCCCAGAGAGGAGGGGGCUGUGGCUAAGCUGGGGCAUGUCCAGGGCUGAACAGCUGGAUAGGAGGCCACAGGGGGUCCUGUGGGAGCAGCUGAGGUAUGGGCCAUAGCUCAUAGGGGAGCAACUGCCAGGCCCCUGGGGGACAGGGGCAGAGAGCUCUGUGCCCUGUGUGUGGCAUUGGUGUGGGUAGGGCUGCCUGGCCCCCAGGUGAGUGUGGGGGACGCUGGUGUUCAGCGCCUUGUAGAAGUGAGUUAUUUACCGCAGGUCCCCUGAUCACCCUGAUCUGGUUCCCAGCCUGCACUUGCCAUCCUGGCCGCACUCUCCCCACUGCGUGUUGAGCCAUUAUCCACACCUCUCAGCUCAGACCCCGACUGCCUGCCAGCUGAGGGCGGGAAGCUCAUCCCCCAAAGGGCUUCCAUUCCAUCAGUUUCUGGAGAUAUGGGCGAGGGUCAGGUGGGCCCCGGUCACCCUUGCUGCACCCCUGACCCCUUGGCUGGGCUCUCCUGGUCUGCCUGAGCUGACCUGAAACCACCUGCCUGUCUCCCCCGGGGGACGGGGGCUGGGGUUGCUACAGGGGCUGGCAGAAAGCGAAGGCUGCAGCUGGGCGUCCAGCGGCUUCCCCUUCCUGCCGCUCCCUCCUAAGGCCUCGCCCUCCUGAAGCAGCGGCAGCAGGAAAGGUGGGGCAGGAAUGCCUGGGCCUGGGCCCCUGGCCAGAGUUCUGAGCCAGGUCAGCUAACUCCAGAGCCUCAGACGGUCAGCACCAGGGAGAGGUCGAGUCUGGGCAGAUCUCCUUUGUCAGGCCCUGAGGCUGGCACGCUGGCCAUGGGCAGACCUGAGGAGGCGGCCCUGCUGCAGCUGGAGGAGGUCUUCUCAGCCACCCUCGCCCGAAUUGACAGCCUUGUGCUCCAGCCCCUGCUCAUGCUCGAGCCCACGGAUCCACAGAGCAGAGAAUGCUUGCAGCUCCUGCAGCAGCUGCGCAAGAGCUCCCAGCAGCUCUGGAAGGUGACAGAGGAAAGCUUGCAUUCACUGCGGGAGAGGCUACGCCACCCGGACGCCAUCGGUCUAGAAUCCCUGCUGCUGCUGGAUGGUGCCGACCGUGUCCUACAGGUCUACAUGGAGUACAUCGAGUCCUACACGAGCUGCGUGGUGACACAGGCCUUUCAGAAGGCAGUGAAGAAGAGGAGUGACUACUGGCGGAGCCGGCAGAAGGCGCUGCAGCAGCAACUGUGGGGCAUGACCUCCGAGGGCUCGAUGGACACCAAGCUGGCCCAGGUCCUCUGCCAGCCGCUCACUCGUCACGUGCAGGAGUAUGUGUCCCUCCUCCGGAGCCUCAGGGACACCGCGGGAGAGCAUCGCCCCGCCUGCGAGCUGGUGGCGCACGCAACCACCCUCUUUGAGAACCUACAGUCCUUCAUGAGGCAGGCGCUGGACCAGGCCGUGGCCACGCAGGGCCUCUGGCGCACCCUGAGCAGCCGGCUGAGGGAUGCACUCUACACCCCUGCUCGCCGACUCUUGCAAGACAGCCAGGACAUGCCCUUGACGGUCACCCCACUGCGGGCAGAGCGUGUGCUGCUCUUUGAUGAUAUCCUCGUCCUUCUGCAGGGCCACAAUGUCCACACCUUCGAUCUGAAGCUGGUUUGGGUGGAUUCUGAGCAGAACGGGUGUGUGUUUCACCUCCUCACGCCCGAGGAAGAGUUCUUUUUUGGCUCCAAGUACCGCCAGGACCAGGUGGUCUGGCAGUGGAAAAUUACCCAGGCCGUGUGCCAGGCCCUGCGUGGGAAGAAGGACUUCCCGCUGCUGGGGGCAGGCCUGGAGUCCUCCAAGCCCCCCAUCUGCCGCUCCAUGGCAUACACCUUCCUCGCGGAGGGCCGGCUCUGCCAGGCCACCUAUGAGGGCGAGUGGUACCAGGGCAGGCCCCAUGGCAAGGGAACCCUGAAGUGGCCCAAUGGGCGGAAUCACGUGGGGACUUUCUGCCAAGGCCUGGAGCACGGCUUUGGCAUCUGCCUGGUGCCUCAGGCCUCUGAGGACAAGUUUGACUGUUACAAGUGCCACUGGCGGGAAGGCAGCAUGUGUGGCUACGGCAUCUGUGAGUACGGCAUUGACGAGGUGUACAAGGGCUACUUCCAGGAGGGCCUGCGACAUGGGUUUGGGGUCCUUGAGAGCGCCCAGCAGGCCCCUCAGCACUGCAAGUACACGGGCCACUGGGAGAGGGGCCAGAGGGACGGCUAUGGCAUCCAGGAGGACAGUGACAGGGGGGAGCUCUACAUUGGCUUGUGGCAGGCUGACCAGCGCCAUGGCCCCGGGGUUGUGGUCACCCAGGCAGGAGUCUGCUACCAAGGCACCUUCCAGGAAGACAAGAUGGUGGGCCCAGGGAUUCUCCUCUCUGAAGAUGACUCCUUGUUCGAGGGCACCUUCACCAGGGACCUGACCCUCGUGGGGAAGGGCAAGGUCACAUUUCCCAAUGGCUUCACCCUGGAGGGCUCCUUUGGCAGUGGGGCAGGGAGAGGACUACAUGCCCAGGGCGUGCUGGACACAGAUGCCCUCCCGCCUGACCCAAGCAGCACCUGCUAUAGGCAGCUGGGCCUGGGCAUCUUCCCUGUGGAGAGCCGCUGGCAGGGCGUCUACGGCCCCUUCCGGGACUUCGUGCACACCGGCUGCCCUGGGGACCUGCAGGAGGCCCUGCUGGGCUUCCAUGUGCAGAGCUCGAGGGAGCUGCGCAAGUCCCAGGAGUACCUGUGCUGUGAGAGUACCCAACUGGAUGACAGUGCAGGCAGAAUGGAAGACAUCCUGGAGGAGCUGCUGCAGCACCGGGACCCCGAGGCCCUACAGAAGUGCCUCAGGAAGGCUCUGAGCAACUCGCUGCACCCCCUGGGAAAGCUGCUCCAGACGCUGAUGCUGACCUUCCAGGCCACGUACGCAGGUAUCGGGGCCAACAAGCACCUGCAGGGGCUGGCCCAGGAGGAGGUGAAGCAGCACGCCCAGGAACUCUGGGCUGCCUACAGGGGUCUGCUGCAGGUUGCCUUACAGCGCAAGGGCCAGGCCCUGGAGGAAGAGGAAGACACAGAGGCAAGGGACCGGCGGGUGCACGGACUGGUGCUGCCCCUCAUGCUGCCCAGCUUCUACUCGGAGCUCUUCACGCUCUACCUGCUUCUUCAUGAGAGAGAGGACAGUCACUACAGCCAGGGUAUCACCAACCUGAGCCUCUUCCCCGACACCAACCUGCUUGAGUUCUUGGACGUGCAGAAGCAUCUGUGGCCCCUCAAAGACCUCACACUAACGACCAACCAGAGACACUCUCUGGUCAAGGACAAGUGCUUCCUGUCAGCUAUUGAGUGUCUGCAGAAGGUCAUCACCACGAUGGACCCCCGGGAGAAGCUGGAGGUGCUGGAGAGGACAUACCGGGAGAUUGAGGCCACCGUGUCUCGGGUGCUGGGUCAGGAGCACAAGCUGCCCAUGGACGACCUGCUGCCACUGCUCAUCUACGUGGUGUCACGUGCCCAAAUCCAGCACCUGGGGGCCGAGAUCCACCUGAUCCGUGACAUGAUGGACCCCAUCCACACAGGGGGCCUGUUUGACUUCCUCCUCACGGCCCUCGAGUCCUGCUAUGAGCACAUCCAGAAGAAAGACAUGCACCGCUCACCCAGGUAGCCCUGGUAGCUCAGCCUCCCCGGGACACGCUCCAGAGCAGAAGGGCCCGCCGUGGAUUUCCUGUGGAGCGAACAUGGCCCAGCCUGGCCCUUGUGGCCCAAAGAGCAAAGGGCAGGUGCCUUCUUCCCCUGCCACCAGGCCAUCCCAGAUGACCUGCUUGACCUGGAGCAGCCUUCAGGCUGGGGGCAGGGAGCCUUGCCCCCAAGUCAUUGGAACCGCUCUGGGCCUCAGUGUCGCUGUCUGUAAAAUGGUGGACCAGAGAGCUUAUAAAGGACCCUCCAUACAUCUUGCUGAAGUCCCUCUGGAAGUCUGACCUCGGUCUGUUGGGCUGUAACUGAAAUUCUCAUGUCACUGGCAGUGUCGUUCCCUAUUUUUCCACUCCUGAUCAGAGUCUCCACGCUGCUAGUGACCACUCUGUUUGCCGGGCCUUUCUCCCCUGAGUGGUCUCCUGGGGACCUGCUUCCUUCGCGACUCUGCUCCAGGGGUGAAGCAGAGGAGCAGGGUGUUACGCAGCUGCUGGGCCCGCCCCGCUGCCAUGCCCGCUGCUGAAGCAUCCGGGUCGCUGUUCUUGCAUUCCAUAAAGGAAGCACUGACCUCGGAACUGAAGAUUCUGAGAAAGCCCAUCAUACCUGACCCUGAAGCUGAAUCCCCACCAGGGGCCUCAGGAUGGGGGGUAGCUGGGGGGCACCCACAGACCCUCAGCGGUGAUAUGGGGCAGUGGGCGGAAAGAUCCAGGUGCCUCCCUGUGCUGCUGCCUUCAGAGGAACAGGCAGCGGUGAGGCUUUCUCUGACUGGUUCCACCGAAUGUGGCAGCUGGAACGGCCUUGAGCUCUGGUGUUUCCAGAAACCCUGUGACAUCCCCACGAAGGUCCCUGACGUCCAGGUGCCACGGGCACUCACGCUUCGCCAGGACUGCGGCAGCGCUUACCAGUAUCUUAAUCCUCUCCAGGCUGGUUCUUGUGUCUUGACAAGUGAGAACAGCCUUGCCUCAAGGCAGCCCCGAGUCUGGGAGACGCCGUAGCCUCACUCGGAGCCCCGCACACUUCACGGCCUCCUCCAGGAUCAGGGCAGCCUCGCUGCUGUUCAGAUUCACCAGGACCUGCCCCCUCGCUGGGCCUCACCCAGCACCUGCCAAACUGGAGCCUCUGGACAGGACCUCGGGGUUUAGGGCUGAGAAAGACAGAGACGCUGGAGAGAUUAAAUGGCCUCUAGUGAGCAGAUGUGUCUCAGUCCCUCCGACUGCGGCCCUGGCCCUGGAAACCCACCUUUGCCCUGGUGACCCCACCGCCACGCCCCCUGCAGCCCUGGCCCAGCAUGUAGUCUCUCUUGCAACUUCUCACCCUCUGCUUCCCCUCGCCCACUGCUUCCUUUUCACAGCCAAAUCCACCCUGCUCCCGAGUUCCUGCCUCUCGUCUGGUCCCAGAAAUGUCCUCCUCCAGGUCCACUGGGCUCCAGGCUGCUCCCGCCUCGCAGGCCCAUCUCACAGGAAGUGCCUGUGACCCAAGGCAGGAGCCCUCCCUGCUCCCUAGCCCUUCUCCGGGGCCCCUUCCCUGACCCCAUUACGUUACUGGUGAGUGACAGGUGGGUGCCUGCUCCCCCCGGGCACGCUGCUGGCUGCCUCUCCUGCACCAGUGUCAACAGCAAUGGGUGGUGUGCGUGGAAACAAGUUCACUCAGGGGAGGUCAGACUAUGAUGGGCCCUGGACCCCAGGGCGGGGCUGCAUUUAAGACUGGCCAGGGCAGCGUCUGUGCAAACAAGCCCCUCAGGCGUGACCGGGACAGGCAGGGACCCACUAGGAGUUGGAGGUCCAGCCAAACUUGGGCUGCAAGCAGACAGGAAGUUGAUGCCAGCUCCUCAGGAGAAAGGGAAGAGAAGACAGCCGCCCUCUCUGUCUAUCUCCGGGGCUCAGGUCCACCUCGCCUGGGCUCCAGGGGCUCAGGCCUGGUCCUCUCGCCCAGGGCCCUGUCCACACCUGACAGUGAUGAUGCUAGUCUGGUAUGGCAUCUCCACGCCAUGACCUGCUACAGGGCAUGAACUCCAUGAUGGCCACGGCACAGCCUCUGACUCAGCGUGCUUGGUGGAGACGAUGUCUUCCUGAGAGGGGCAGAGGGUGGCCCUGUGAAGUUCCCCUUCCUCAGUAAACAAGCUUCACCAGGAGAUUCCUGGGUACCAGCCUUGUGCCCUGUGUGGGUUAAUGCUCUCGAACACGGCAAACAAACUCCCAGCCCUUUUUAGGCGAGAAGGGCUGGCUUUCUCUCCCAGGAAGACACCAGCAGACUACCUGUGCUUGUUAGGCAGAGAGAACAGGAAGCUGGAGAAACUGAGUCCACAGCUGUCCAAGUGGGAGCUGGCAGGGGUCUAGAGGGACCUGAGUUCUGACCAAGCUUCUGUUUGUUUGGAUGACCUCCGAGGGUGCUGGGAGCUCAUGCUCAGCUGUGCAGCCCUUUGCCCACAGGAGCUUCAGGGAAGACUGGAGGGUGUGGGAGCAUGAGGGGGCAAUCGGAGGGCUGACGUGGGGCUGCUGGAGACCUUCAGCAAUGCUGUGUAGAUGAAGCCAGUAUUCCCUGAGCAGGAACCUACGUGUAGGGCCACAUGGCUGUCCCAAAGGGAUGGCUGUCCACUGCGGGAUCAGUGAGGGGUGCCUUCUCGUGGGCACUGGGGAAGGGGUAUGUUUAGGGCUAGGGACAAAGUCAGUGUUAGGGAUAAAGUGAGGGAUUAGGGUUAAGGUCAGGGUUGGGUCAGUGUCAGAGUUAGGAGUUAAGAUUGAAGUGAAGGUGGGAGUUAAGAAUGAGGUAGGGCCAGCCGAGUGGCACAUUGGUUAAGAGUUGGCUUGGGAUGCCAACUCUGAGCCC